AGGAUCGUUCCUCUCUGUGGAUGGUCACAUGGUACCACAUUGGACUGAAUGGGUUAAGACAAGCUAACGCUUUUGUUGAAGACGCCGAGACGAGGGAAAAGUGGGCACCGAUUUGAGAUAUUUCCGUGGAACUACUAAGAAAAUCCACGGAAUAAGGACGGACUGAUUCGUUUUCGGCGUUUGAGAGUCCUCCCGACCCGCCAGCACCAUGAGCUGGAGUUUCCUGACGCGGCUCCUGGAGGAGAUCUCCAACCACUCCACGUUCGUGGGGAAGGUGUGGCUCACCAUGUUCAUUGUCUUCCGGAUCGUACUGACGGUAGUGGGCGGGGAGUCGAUAUACUACGAUGAACAGAGCAAGUUUGUAUGUAACACGCAACAACCUGGUUGCGAGAAUGUGUGCUACGACGCCUUUGCGCCGCUCUCGCAUGUGCGCUUCUGGAUCUUCCAGAUCAUCUCCAUCACCACGCCCACCAUCAUGUACCUGGGCUUCGCCAUGCACCGCAUCGCCCGCAUGGACGACAGCGAGUACAAGCCGGCGCGACCGCGCAAGCGCAUGCCCGUGGUGACGCGCGGCGCCGCCCGGGACUACGAGGAGGCGGAGGACAACGGCGAGGAGGACCCCAUGAUCGAGGAGGAGAUCGAGAUGGAGAAGGACAAGGACAAGGAGACGGAGAAGACGCCCGGCAAGAAGCACGACGGCCGGCGCCGGAUCAAGCGCGACGGCCUCAUGAAGGUCUACGUCCUGCAGCUGCUCUUCCGCGCCGGCCUAGAGGUGGCCUUCCUGUUCGGCCAGUACAUCAUGUAUGGCCUGGAGGUCAUGCCCUCCUACGUCUGCUCCCGCAGCCCCUGCCCGCACAUAGUGGACUGCUUCGUCUCCAGGCCCACGGAGAAGACCAUCUUCCUGCUCAUCAUGUACGUGGUGAGCUGCCUGUGCCUGCUGCUGACCGUGCUGGAGAUCCUGCAUCUGGGCGUCAGCGGCAUCCGAGACGCCUUCCGCCGCCGCUCGUCCCACCACCAGCAGCAGCAGCAGCAGCACCGCGCCCACCUUGCCAUGUCCAGCCAGAGGCCCUCCAUCUGCCGGCAGGUGCCCAGCGCCCCGCCCGGCUACCACACGGCCGUCAAGAAGGACGGCAAGCUGCUGCCCGUGGGCAUCAAGCCCUCCGACUUCCGGGACAACCUGGCCGAUUCGGGCCGGGAGUCGUUCGGGGACGAGGCGUCGUCGCGGGACCUGGACCGCCUGCGGCGGCACCUGAAGCUGGCCCAGCAGCACCUGGACCUGGCCUACCAGAACGAGGAGAGCAGCCCGUCGCGCAGCAGCAGCCCCGAGUCCAACGGCACCGCCGUGGAGCAGAACCGCCUCAACUUCGCCCAGGAGAAGCAGGGGGGAACCUGCGAGAAAGGUCAGCAGAACGUAUAGAAGGUCUCCGAGCCUAAACACGCCUCAAGACUUUGUCUGCUUCAAUGUCUGCCAAAAUGCCAUGCAUGGAAAGCGAGAAGUAGUCUGGACAAAGACACACUCUGAGAAGAGGAUGAUUGUGUGUGUGUGCGCGAGCGCGUGUGUGUGUGUGUGUGUGUGUGUGUGUGUGUGUGUGUGUGUGUGUGUAUGUAUGUAGGGGAAGAGUUUAUUAGUGUGGUUCAAGAACUGUUUUUGUAUGUGUGGGUGUGUGUUUGUAUGCACUGGUGGAGAGACUGCCUCGCAGUAUUAUGGUUCGUGAAGUCCAAGGAAACUACAUGCCAAACUCUGGAACUCUGCAACAUCUCUCUCGCCCACCAGCCCUACUUGAGCGCCAGUACCGCCUGACGAUCCAAAGUGCCCAUGAGCCAAAUGGUAGAGGAGCUGCUUUCAAAACCUGACCAGAAGGCGACUGUGCAGUACUUUUUGACUUUUAAAAAAAGUGUCAUAGGAAAUGAUAGGCAGGUUUUUUUUUCCUUUUAUACCUCUGUUCUUAUGAAGCAAGGAGGUUUGCAUCUCAAAAUGCCUUAAACUUUAUAACUGGAGUUUACAUUUGUUUUUCAUUCCAAAAAAAAAGAUGGAAGCUGGACUUGGUGUGCAGGCUGUUAUGUGGUGUCCAUUAAUUUUUUUGUACAUCACAGGAAUAGAGGUCAUUUGUGUGUAGAUUAGAGAUCCAUAGUUGCGUAUAUGUCUAAAAUAUAGCUGUGAUUUGGUACAAAACGUGGCUUUUCUUUGGGGACGAUUAGUUUUUUUCUGCCCUGAAAUACUGUGUAAGAAGUUCAGAAUUUAUUGUUCCCAUGGUCCAUCAGACAAGGAUGACUUCUGGGAUGCCCCCUAAAGCAUCACCAUGGAGAUUUUUUUGUAAACUAAUACAUCAGUGACCAUGGCCUGUGUUGCAUCUUAAGGUGAGAGCCACGUUUUGGUGCCUUUGUCCAAAAUGAAUGAAACAAAAAACCUGGGAAAUGCUUGAAGUACUUGUGAAUCUUAAUAUUAAAAACUGUUGUUUCUUAAGCGUUUGCUACAUACGCCAUCUUUUUGUACGAUUUUCCUUUUUCUCUUUUUGUAUAUGAGGAGUUUAAUCUAUAUCACAGUACGAACAAAGAAAGCUUGUGUUAAGUAAGUUCAGAAAGUCGAUUAGUCAGGUGUGUCUGGGUGUAGUUUUUUUUUCUCUAAGAAUGUUUUCAAAUAGGAAGUGGUCACUCAUCAGUCAUAUGAAGUCCAUGUGUGCCAGCUCUGCCCAGGUGGUUAGUGUCAAAGUGGCUCAAGAAGCUGCCUGUCCUGUCAAAACAAAAGCACUAGGAAGACGAACAGUGGAACAAGCCAUAUGCCUGAUGUUACUGACCUAAGACUUCAUUGUUUUUAUGUAAACCUGAUUAUGAAGUGUGUCUAUGCAACACCAUUAUGACAAAACAAUUGCUCCAUCUUCCUACACACGGUACGCGACCUGUGGCAAUAUUAAUAUUGUGUCUGGCAAUGCAAAGCCUAACACGUGUAACCGGGGCAAUAAUAGAAGAUCUUUGGAAGAAAAGAUGGCUGAAGCUACUAUUUCAUUGAUACAUUUCAUCGCUUUUGUAAACCUUGAGGCAAAAAUGUCAUCUCAUUGUAUUUUUGAUAUUUCUCCUUUUUAUACUUUUUUUGUACAAAUAGUAUUUUUUGUG